UGUACAUCGCUAUCGAGAGUCAACAGGAUACCUGGAAACUAACUACACAUUUACAAUGUAGGUGUAGCAUACUACCUAAUGGCAUUGAUUAAAAUACUCUAGCAAACUAUUUAAAGUAUAAACUAGGGCAAAGAGUAAUUUCUAGGAAUUUUUGGGGAGUGGCUGACAAAUUAAGAAUGAAAUAAUUGUGUUAUGUUUACAAUAGGGAAGUAACAAAACAAGAUCGUUCAAUGUUCAGACAUAAAUAAGAGUUUACUACAAGACAUAUUUCACUAAUGGCAACCAUGUGCACAUCAUGUUUUCAUCAUUAUGUUCAUUAAAUGGUCCAUUUGGAUUAAAUAUGAUGCACUACAAUCAUGCAGCGAACACACAAGAACAUUUUGGAGCCACAAAAAAUUUAAAGAACGGUCAAAAAUCUGUCAGCCUUAUCAAAAGUUUUAAAUACCUAAGAGUCAAUAAUGAUUAACCAAUCUGACUAAUAUAGACAAACAGAAAAGGGUUGUUGUCUACGUUAUUCCGUUUUAUUUUCCUGAGGUCUUUAUCAGGAUUCACUCUUGGUAAUUAUUGGACCUUAGUUGGGCCACAGGGUCUACUAAUGCAUAAAAAACGAAUAACUUAUGACUACUUUUGCAGUUAUAUUAUCAGGUAAAUUAGGUUUGCAUUGACUGUUUGAUAUUCAGGGAUGAAAUUGAAUAAGAGACGCUGAUUACAUUUUUGGACUAAGGGGAAAUGGUUAUACUUGUCCUGAGGUCAAACUGUAGGACAGCUACUUUGGUUGAACAUGUGCACUACAGGAGGCACUUAUGCGAACCCUGGUCGCCAUUUGGGCCAACUAAAGCACUUCUGUUGUGACCCUAGGACAAGAACCAAACAUCUUAACGUACCAAUAGGAUACAGGUAUACAUAUCAUUGUUAAAUUAAAGUCUCAUUAUAGUGUUAGCAAUUUGAAUCACUAAUUUGGUUCUGUGCAUUAAACACAAAUGCAAUGUAAGGCCUUUUACUUGAAGGCCUCCAGAAAAAUUACUUGAACUUGAGCGAAGUCGACGAAAAAUUAGACACUAUGGCUUUAAGAAGCCCCCACCCUCUCACAACAGGGGGAGCGUGAGCUGAAUCCAGGAACAGCGAUUGAAAAAAAAAAAGCUCCACCAGUGGAGGGUUUCAAGUUCCCCCCGGCUGAAACCCUGCCUGAUUUGUGGGCAAUGUUGGGGAUGUAGAAAAAAAGGAAACCGGAGCAAAGAGAGCGCAAGGGAGAGAUAGGGAGACAACACUAACUGGGUAGCUAUGGAGAUAGUAGGUUUUCCUGGUAGCUUUCUUUGACAGGUGCCGAGUGGGAUAAAAUAAAGUAUCAGAACAGCCUCCAAGAUGUACGGCAAGGGUAAAGGAGCUGUGGUCCCCUCCGAUAGCCAAGCAAGAGAAAAGUUAGCAUUAUAUGUGUACGAGUACCUGCUACAUGUGGGAGCACAGAAGUCCGCACAGACCUUCCUGUCCGAGAUUCGAUGGGAGAAGAAUAUUACAUUAGGGGAGCCUCCUGGAUUCCUCCAUUCGUGGUGGUGUGUAUUCUGGGACUUGUAUUGUGCGGCUCCAGACCGAAGGGAGACAUGUGAGCACUCCAGUGAGGCGAAGGCCUUCCAUGACUAUAGCGCAGCGGCAGCGCCCAGCCCUGUGAUGGGCAACAUGCCCCCCAACGACGCCAUGCCCGGCGGUCCCAUGCCCCCAGGCUUCUUCCAGGGACCACCCGGCUCUCAGCAGUCCCCCCACGCACAGCCCCCCCCACACAACCCCACCAACCCAAUGAUGGGACCCCAUGGCCAGCCUUUCAUGUCACCACGGUAUCCAGGUGGACCGCGUCCCGGACUCCGAAUGCCAAAUCAGCCUCCGGGGGGGAUCCCUGGAUCUCAGCCUCUCCUGCCAAACAGUUUGGAGACGAUCAGACCGCAAGGACAUCCUAACAUGGGUGGCCCAAUGAGGAUGAACCCUCCCAGAGGAAUGGCCAUGGGCCCACAGAAUUAUGGAGGUAUGAGGCCUCCUCCAAACUCCAUGGGCGGCCCCAUGCCAGGAAUGAACAUGGGUCCUGGAGGAAGGGGGCCGUGGCCAGGACCGAAUGCUAACUCUAUAGCAUACUCCUCCUCAUCUCCAGGAAACUAUGUGGGUCCUCCAGGGGGAGGCGGUCCACCAGGAACUCCCAUCAUGCCCAGCCCAGGUGAUUCAACUAACUCCAGUGAAAACAUCUAUACAAUGAUGAAUCCAAUCGGACCGGGAGGCAACAGACCCAAUUUCCCUAUGGGGCCGGGGCCUGACGGGCCAAUGGGAGCUAUGGGAGCCAUGGAGCCGCACCACAUGAAUGGAUCACUAGGGUCUGGAGAUAUGGACGGGUUGCCAAAGAGCUCCCCUAAUAACAUGGGGGGCAUGAACAACCCGCCUGGAACGCCGAGAGAUGACGGAGAAAUGGGCGGGAACUUCUUGAACCCAUUCCAAAGUGAAAGUUAUUCACCCAACAUGACGAUGAGUGUGUGAUUUUAUUUUUUUUCCUUUUUUUGUAUUUUUCUUUAUUUUUCCCCUCCUAUUUUUGUACCCCUGCAACCGUUUUUUUUUUUUUUUUUUUUUUUCUUCAAUUCAAACCUUACUACACCUCGGAUUGGACCACCACCCCCUCCUCACACACACCCUCUCCUCUAACCAACCAAACGGGAUACAUUUUCCCUCCUCACUCUGGAACUGUAUGGCCACACAGCCUUCUGGGACAGCCCUUGAGCAUGCUGGGACUCUAAUUAAGACGGGCCCUCCUGGAGCAUGCAAGAUGGCCGCCGGUCUGAACAGGAAGCAGUCACAGAGCAACAGGAAGAGCCUCCUCUCCGACUCCCGCCCCGGCCUCCCUGGCUUCCUGUCAGGUUCUAGACAAUGAGCGAGGGUAGGAGGACAAACUGAGAGAAAGAGGGAGAGGAGACUGGCUCACCCUCUCAGGAGGACGCAGCGUUUUAGCAGCCGCCUGGAAGCUUCUCAACCACUUUGGACUUUUAUCAUAUUACUUUUUUGUGUGUCGCUGUUCCUCCCGAUUAGGGUGACCAGAUGAGAUUGGCUGAAAUUCGGGACGGUGUUUGGAUGACGUCGGCGGGGGGUGGGGGGGGGGGGGUAUAGUUUCGGGACAAUUAGGGCUGGAUUCGGGACAAGCUUAGAUUACGUCUGGUCACCCUACUCCCGAUGGAUUCAGUUGAGGGUCCGAAACGACCUCUUUGCCCGCCCGCCUUGUUCUCUCUGUGUGUACAUUUUUAACAGAGGUGUUGUGAUUUUUUUUCUCCCCCAUUUUUUGUGUAUGUAUUGUAUCAUUGCUAUUUUUAUUAUUGUAUUAUUGUUAUUAAUGAUAUUGCUAUGGUCAUGUUUAAGAUUAGGUUCUAAUUUCUGUCGUUUCUAAGGGCACAUUAUUUUAAUGAAGACACAUGUGCGCACAAAUUAGAAGUGAUUUGCCAGCACGCUGCCCCCCCCCCCCCCCCCCCCCUGCAGGUGAGAUGUCAUCCAUCAAGGUACUGAUUGGCUGGUUGAAAAAUUUAAGCAACAAUCUCAUUUUAAACUCAUUUUCAAUAAUCCAAACCAGAAGUGGCUCCUUUUUUUGUUUUUAAUCUUCCAUGCAGUGAGAUGCACAGCUCUAUUUAUUUAUGUACUUUUAAAUUUGUCUUAUGAAUUAUUGUUACUUUUUUUUAAAGUGUCAUCCCUGGUUUAUUUGUUAAUUGCAGAACUAGUAGCAACUGUGUAAAUAUGCAGACCCAGUCAGCAGCGUCUCCAUCAUUAGAACCCUUUACCCGAGCCCUAAAGGUGCUGAAGACCCCCCCCCCCCUCCAUGCUGCUUCCACUAUCGCUGCCCUCUUAGGUUACUGUUCACUCCAACAUGUGCGUAGGCUGCGGUAUCGCCUCUGCUGAACUGAAGUGAACACUUCGAUUGUUUUCUGCUCUCAACACACUGUGAUGUAUGUAUGUGCUUUUUGGAGAUUUGCUUUUACACACUAUCAGUAGAGCUUGCAGACAUGUUGUUGAACUCCCUCUGAAAGGACUCUCUGCUUAUCGGACCCUGGACGUCUUUUUUUUAUGUCAGAGCAAAGCAGGAAACGGAAAGGCGUUGCUCUGUUGACCGUGACGAGUGGCCUCCUCCCUUUGGUCGUCUUGAAGAAAAACACCUCCGUCCUUUCUCACCUUUCCAGCAUACUCACCACCCCUCUGAUGAUUUUUUUUUUUUUGUACAACUCUCUCUCUCCAUCUUUUAAUUUUAAUUUUUUUGUAAAUACUGUAAAAUGCAUUUUGAUAUCAUUGACAUGUUUUGAUAUUUUCAAAUCACGACAACAGUUGAUCAGAAACGUGCUGAUUCGGGGGAACUGUGUGUGUGUGUUUGUUCAGAGAUAUGGUGUGUCUUUGACGAUAAGAAACAACUGGAGCUGCUAUAGACUAUUAUGCUACUUCACCUCAUCACAGACAGACGUGUGCAUCAGAGCGUCGAGGGGUCUCAGAGGACAAGGAGGACAAUUUUGUAGUGAGUGUGUUUGAACGCCUUUUAGCUAACUCAGUCACACACAAUAUCUAAACAAAUCUUAAAUUAAACGUGAUUCUUGAACAGGAGCCUGCCUCCUCUGCCUCUGUCCUUGGAAAUGUCCUAGCCAGGUGGCAAAACAGCCUCAAAACAGUCCUUUUUUUUCACUGUUUGACAGAGAAUUUGCAAGAAUAGAGCAAAACAGGCCAGUUUUUCAUAAUAAAAGUAAUGCCUCAGACAUUUAACUACCCACAACUAAAAUAGGCCACACUGGCUCUCAGCCCGACACACCAUGUACCAGAGUACAGACUUUACUAUGAAGGAUUUUUUUUUUAAUCUAUUUAAAAUGGGGCGGGGAGAAAUGUUUUGGGAAAGUAAAGAGAAAAAAAAAAUAACAGACAGAUUUGUUCUAAUUGCUAAGAGGUAGAGAGAGUGCGGGAGCAGGCGUUUCCUCCCCUGUACUUUGAAAUACUGUUGUAUAAAAUGCAGUUGAACUUCUCUCUAUCUUUCUGUCCUGUAAGUAAAACCGUCACAACGUUGAUCAUUUCUGUAUUUCUAUUGUGCUGAUGUAUAAUACUGUAACAUUCAGGGGUAGGGAGGGUUAAGAGAGGACUUUUUUUUUUGUUGAGGGGAGUAAAGAUUUUUCUGUUCAGUUCCUAAUUUUUUUCCUCUUGAUGACAAAGCAGUAUUGAAUAUGAGGCAGUCUGUCCCCGGGGAGUUGCUUUGUAUCUCAUGUUAGGGUAGUUUCAGAUCCUAAAUGUCUCGUGUAGUAAAAUGAGAGGUUCCUUCUUCGUAUGUUUCUUUAUAUUGUAAAGUUUCUUUAGACAAAAAAAUGUUGCUUAUUGGAAAAAAAGGUGGGAAAAUUCAUUGAUAAUAAAUGUAAUUUUUUUGGGGUUUUGUUUUCAUUUUCAUCAAGUUGUCAGUCGUUUUUGCCUGUGUCCCCCUUGUUGUAGAUACAUAUUAAAAACAAAUAAAAUGACUUCACUCCUUUUGCCAUGAA